GUGCAGGCGGACGCGGGUUGGUCAGUGGGAAUCCCCUGGUAGUUACGUACUCGGUUGAUGGUGAGAGGUGUCACAACCAGACAGACAUUGCCAGGCAUCACGAUUCUUUGCACUCUAUCGACGUGCCCCCCCCAUCUUUCUUUGGCCCGAUCCCUGGCAGGCCAUCCAUCUGUAAGUUACCCCUGGCGCGAGAGCGGAGGCGCUAGCACUGCAUGCAGCGUAGCGUGGCCGCUGGAAAAUCAAAUUGCAUAGGUCCGUCCCUACCGCCGCCAUUCAGGAGACCCAAGACACCAAAUCCUAUCCUCGCCCGCGAGCACGGCGCCCGCAGAAGAAACGACGACGCGCCUCGCCGCAAUUCACAUUGCCAUCUGCGUCGGCGUCGGUACCGGCUGAUGAGGCCCUGAACCCCCGAACGAAACAGCGACCCUCCUUCGCACCGGCUCCCGCAGAGGAGAGGAUCUCGCCGGCAGGGCACGACAAGCCUCCAGCUCCCGAGCGAGCCCUCCCGCCCCCUCCCCUUGCAGCUUCACCAGCACGCCCGCAGGAAGGCACCUUGCCACCCGCACGCCACGCCACGACCAACACGAUCGCCAUUCGGCCCCCGUUUCGCUUGUCUGCUGCCUUGGUCUCCCAUCACGCCUCGACGGCCGCAGUCACAGUCGUGCCCGGCGGCGCCCCCUCCCCUUCCGCGCCCAACGCAUCGCAAAAGGCGUUCGAGCGGAGCCGCACCGCCGCCACGCCCAGUGCCAGAUUUUUUUUGUUGAUCCAGCUCGCAUACCCGACCGACUGACCGACCGACCGCCCCCAGCGCCCCCGUGUCCGCACCAAGAGUACUGUACGUACGUACGUACGUACCGCCCGCCCCGGGCGCGCGCUUUGCCGCUGUCUCUGCCUGCCUGCCGUCUGCAGCGACCCGUCCGCGCCUCGGCGCCAAUGCUUUCUUUUUAUUGCACGGCAGAGUCCCGACGAAAUGGACCUCUCCGGUCAGAUCCAUCCGCCGCAGCCCUCACCCGCCGCCGACCCCAGGAACCGCGACUCCCAUGACCUCUCGCUGUCGCCUCGCGAUGUGACGCGCGACUCCCUCGUCGCCAACAUGCUCCUGUCGCUCGAUCAGUUCUCCCUCGCCCAGAAACAGGAUCACGGGCCACUCAGCCCCGGCAACAACGUCGCGGGAUCGGCCCCCUACGACUCAGGCGCCCGCGACGAGUAUCCCUCCACCAGACGCUGGCCCAACGGCGGCGCCCGAUCGUACGGCCCCGGCGCCGCCGCCAACGGUCGGGGCCACGAGCACUCGUACAGCUCCGACGCCGAGAUCCCCGACGACUCGAGCCGCUACUCGAACCAUAACUCGCGCAGCCGCCGCAGCAACAGCGGCUCCGUCAACUUCCAGGGCCAGUUCACCCGCCUCAACAGUCUCCGGGAGCCGUCGUAUCGUACCCAGCCCGGCGCGACCCCUCCGCGCAGCGCGCACACGAGAGGCCGCCACAGCAGCAAGAGCAGCAGCAGCGCCAGCUUCGACGCCGGAUACCCGCCCAGCGUCGCUGGCCAGCGUCACCAGCGUCGUGCGAGACGCUCCGCCAGCUUCGACAUGUCCCCACCACACUCCCGCGGCGGUCAGCUUCACCAGGUGCCCGCCUCUUCUCCCUUCCGCGUCGACUUCCCAGAGACCUUUGUCCCCAUGGACGACGACGACUAUUACAGCGCCGCCCCGAACCCUACCGUCCCCAGCGGGCCACGCCGUGAGCCCUCGAACCUGCCGAUUCGUCCUCCGGCGGUGCCUGAGUCGGUCGACGGGCGUAAGCUCGAGCGUCGGCGGAGCACGAGCCGGUCGCUGAAGAGCGUCUCGGCGCGUAGUAAGCGGACGACGUCGGCGGCGGCGGCGGCAGCGCCUGCCGUGGCCAGCGAGCACGACUCGGCGCCCGCCCCAAGUGUCGGUUACGGCAAGUCCAAGGAUGCCGAUCCUCCUGUGUCCGUCCCUGCGCAGACAAAAGAGAGGCCAGGCUUCUUCAGACGCGUCUUUGGCGGUGGAUCGUCCAAGAACAGCAGCAACAAUAACUCAACGUCCAACGGCGCCGCUCUGGAUCAGCGGUCGCACGACAAGGCUCGGCAGCAGCAGCAGCAGGCCAAGGCGGCCACGGCCCCUCCGUCGAGGGACACGUCGUCGUCGCAUUCGCAUCACCCACCUCUGCAAAAGAAGACGUCGUCUUUUUUCCGCCGCCGGAAGAAGUCGAUUGUGGACGAGGUGUCGCCCGCGGAGGCGGCUCCGCCGAUGCCGCCCCUAGACCAGCUCACCCUGCGUGUCAGAGAGGCGUCCGCAGUCGCCCACGACAGUCCGACGAGCAGUCUGCGCAACGUGAUGAAUCCGUAUCUCGAGGGCUCGAGUGCGACAGGACUGGGUCUCGCCGGCGUGGCGACAUCGUCGCCCCUUACGGACGCGACAAGCUCUACCGCAGAUGGAUCGCAGGAUGGAACACCUGGCAGACAAGAAUUCAAGCGAGAGUUUUCGCCGGACUAUGAGCCCGGCCCGAACGCCCGCAUUAGAACGGUCGAUUCUGGGGCGCAGGGGGCGCGGACCGGCGAGGCUGAAGCACUGCCCACCCCUCAGCGGCCCCCGAAGGCAUUUGAAACCAGGAACAACUCCUUCCUCGACCUCGAUGGAGCCAGCGACAACGAGGCGCAUUCGCCCCACCAACGCCGCAGGAAAGCUCGAGACGUCGGCACCGCUCAGGACCCCGCAAGUGCCUCUUCGACUUCCGCGGCUCGCUCGACGGACGCAGACCCGGACGCGACCGUUCGUGCCAAAAAGUCGCCUGUCGCAGACGCCGACCGCGAUCCUAGCCGGCCCAACCUCGGAUUGCCAAUGGAGGGCGUCCGGAUCGCAAGCUUCGCGUCCGGCUCGACCGAGACGGACUACAAGACGGCCCCGAGCGCGCCGCCCAGCGUCCUCGUCGAGGGCGCGCCCGAACCCAGCGGCAAGGGGCUCGCGACGCUGAAGUCGAUGCAAUCCUACAAGUCACUCGACGAGCCCGAGUUCGUCGUGGGCGACCCGACGGCGGACGACCGGCAAAAGGCACAGCAGAUCUUUGACGGUGGCGAAGACUUCAUCCAAAAGGACAAGGCGGCCUCCUGGAUGGGAGAGGAGGGUCCGGUCCGCCAGCGGACGCUGCAGGCGUACAUGGAGCUGUACGACUUCCAGGACCACAGCAUUCUGGCGGCGCUGCGGAGCGUCUGCGGCCGUCUGGUGCUGCGCGCCGAGACCCAGCAGGUCGACCGCAUUCUCGUAGCCUUUUCCAAGCGCUGGUGCGAGUGCAACCCUCGACACGGAUUCAAGGCGACAGACGUGAUUCACAUGAUUUGUUACUCCAUUAUGCUACUCAACACAGAUCUGCAUCUAGCCGACAUCGAACAAAAGAUGACACGCAGCCAGUUCAUCAAGAACACCAUGACGACGAUUACACAGGCGGUACACGAGUCGGCGCCUGAUGCUUUUAUGCGCCCCAGCAUACUGCCGGAAAAGAACGCCCUGCUGAGUGAGCACGGCCGCGAUUCACCUGACCUGGACCGCUCCAGCCGCAGACGCUCCUUGCGCCCGCCGCCCCGCUCCGAGUCGCGCAAUGGCGACGACGCCGGCCCUCUGGUGAGGGCGCCGUUUCACGGCCACAGGCGAGCGUGGGAGGAGCAGGUGGAGUUUGUGCUCAAGGCCAUCUACGCUUCCAUCCGCGAUGAGAGACUGCCCCUGUUCGGCGCGGAGCCCGACAGGGCGCCCGGCGUCGCCCCGUCCCAGAGCGGGCUGUCCGUCAUGGGUAUGCUGAAGCGGAGCCCCAGCGUGCUGAGCAAGGCGCCCUCGGAGACGCAGCUGUCGUCCCGUGGACGCGUGGCCGACGGCAGCCGCACAAGCGCCUCGCGGUGGGCGUCCAAAAGCCGCUCACGACCCGGUAUCGGACGCAACGGCUUCUCAUCCAGCCGCACGAGCUUCGACGACGGCAACUCGGUAUGGAGCCCGGCCAUGUCAUCGGCGACGUGGAGCCGCUACUCGCUCGGCCGGACGCAGGGCUCCAUGUCGCAAGACUCGUUUGGCACGAUGCCCCGCGGCGACUAUCAGCAAUCGAUUGGCUUCGCCAACGCGCUAAGCCAGGCCAUAUUCCGCGACGAGGAUGCCGCGCAUGGCGACGACGCGCCCUCGCUUCUGAGUGCCGACCUGUCGACGCAGCUGCUGGAGGACGAGUCGCUGGAGCUCGCCGGCCCGCCGUGGGUCAAGGAGGGCAUGGUGAUGCAUAAGCACCACUUGGACGGCGUGGGAAAGCGCGCCAAGGAGCGCAACUGGGUUGAGGUCUUUGCCGUCAUCCAGAAGGGGCAGAUGAGCCUCUUCUCGCUCUUCGCCACCAAGUCGCAGCGCGUCAAGAACCGCGGACGGGGCGCGGGGGGCAAGCCCAACGGGCCCGUGGGCGGCGGCAACUGGCAGGACAAGGCUCUCAGCCUGGGCACCUUCAACCUGCGCCUGACGCUGGCGUCGGCACUUCCGUCGCCGGGAUACUCGAGGACGAGGCCCCACGUGUGGGCCCUGAGCUUGCCGACGGGCGCGGUCCACCUGUUCCAGGUUGGCACGCCCGAGAUCAUGCGCGAGUUCGUCAACACGGCCAACUACUGGAGCGCGCGCCUCAGUACGCACCCGCUGGUCGGUGGGAUAAGCAACAUCGAGUACGGGUGGAGCGAGGCCAUCGCCAAUAACGCCCUUGUCAGCGCCAUCAACGAGUCGACGGCGUCGCUCACCGGCGGCGGCGGCGGCGGCAUGGGCUCGCGGCCGGAUAGCAGCGCUGCCCACCACGCCAGGAAGUCGAGCGCGGCCAGCGGCAGCUUCCGCGGCUCGAGCUUCGACCAUGUCGCGGGGACAUUCACCAACAACAGCGGGCGGGGCAAGCUGCCCGGGGACCGCGUCCACAUCGCCGAGUGGACGCCGCCGACGCAGAGCAUCCGGCCGAGCACCGCAGCCGAGGCGGAGCAGCUGGAGACGCUGAGCGCCUACGUCAGGAGCAUCGAGAAGGACCUCCAGGAGCACAACAAGCUACGAAGCCCGAUGCUCCUCGCCUUCACGCCCAGAGGCCACAACGCGGGCAAGGCGAUGGCCAACUGGGAGCGCAAGAGCGCGUACCUGCUGCGGGAGAUUGUCAAGUUCCGCACGUAUGUGGACUGUCUGCAGCAGGCGGAGACGCGGAAGAAGGAGAUAUACACGGAGCGGGACCUGGCGCGAAAGGCGGCGCGGGGCGAGCUGAGCGACGGAGACAUGGACGUCAGCGGCGACGAGGGGGAGGAGGGCGACGAGACGCUGAGGCCAUAAUGCCGCAGCGGACGCUGUGGUGGGGCGAAACCAAGAGCACGAACAGCGCGUCGGCCUUGCACUUUUUGUUUCCUUUCGUUUUGCCAAUAGAUACCCUCUGGCUCGGGCCCAGCGCACGGCCAGCCGGUGUUUUGCAUGUAUACUAGUAGCGGAGGCGCAGUUGGAUGAGUUACGAAAAGACAUGUACGGAUACAGCCUGGACACAGGUUACAUGAAAGCAUCUUGACAUCCCG